UCUCUACGGAACCUUUAACCUGCUGCAACAGGAAGCCUCGCUGAGUCAGUUAGAUAAGCUUGUUGUUAUUAUCAGGCGUUAAUCAUUUUAUUUUUAGUUGUUGUAUAGCCUUUUUCUCAACAUGCUGAUCAAAGUUAAGACUCUCACCGGAAAAGAAAUUGAGAUUGACAUUGAGCCCACAGACAAGGUGGAACGAAUUAAAGAACGGGUGGAGGAGAAGGAAGGAAUCCCCCCACAACAACAACGACUUAUCUACAGUGGAAAGCAGAUGAACGAUGAGAAGACGGCAGCAGACUACAAGAUUCAGGGAGGCUCCGUGCUACAUCUUGUGCUGGCGCUAAGAGGAGGAUUAGCGCUCAGCAGUCGCUGUAUACGCCCAACCUCCUCUUCAUGAGUCAAUGUUGUCACAGGAUCAGCUGGGUGUGUCACCAUCUAAACGCAUGAGAGCACAGUGAUGUGUUCCCUGCCCAAAACAAGCAACCAACCCAAAAGGACUUUAAAUCCUGCAUAGCUGUUUUUCCUUCCUGUAAACUUUGCCCAAGUCCUUUCAGAGGCACUGACAGUGUGACAGACAGUUUGUGUGAAUAAAUGUGAAGGAUAAUAUGA